AUGUGUCCUUUCUUCUUUUCUUCUUCCUUUCUUCUUCUUUCUCAUUUUACUCCUCUUCCUCUUCUGUAUCCUUUCUUCUUUCUUUCUUCUUCUUUCUCUUCUCCUUACUCUUCGUCUUAUGUCUCCUUUCUUCUUUUCUUCUUCCUUUCUUCUCCUUUCUCUUUUUCCUCCUCUUCCUCUUCUGUAUCCUUUCUUCUUCUAUUCUUCUUCCUCUUCUCCUUCCUCUUAGUCUUAUGUGUCCUUUCUUCAUUUCUUCUUCUUCCUUUCUUCUUCUUCCUCUUCUCCUUCAUCUUCGUCUUAUGUGUCCUUUCUUCUUUUCUUUUUCUUCCUUUCUUCUUCUUUCUCUUUUUCUUCCUCUUCCUCUUCUGUAUCCUUUCUUCUUCUAUUCUUCUUCCUCUUCUUCUUCCUCUUCGUUUUAUGUCUCCUUUCUUCAUUUCUUCUUCUUCCUUUCUUCUUCUUCCUCUUCUCCUUCCUCUUCGUCUUAUGUGUCCUUUCUUCAUUUCUUCUUCUUCCUUUCUUGUUUUUUCUUUUCUCCUCUUUCUUCUGUUUCCUUUCUUCUUCCUUUCUUCUUCUUCCUCUUCUCCUUCAUCUUCUUCUUUUUCUUUUACUUUUCUUUUCUUCCUUUUCUUCUUCUUUCUCUUUUCUUCCUCUUCCUCUUCUGUAUCCUUUCUUCUUCUAUUCUUCUUCCUCUUCUUCUUCCUCUUCGUUUUAUGUCUCCUUUCUUCAUUUCUUCUUCUUCCUUUCUUUCUUCUUUCCUCUUCUCCUUCCUCUUCGUCUUAUGUCCUUUCUUUUUUUCUUCUUCUUCCUUUCUUGUUCUUUUCUUUUUUCCUCCUCUUCCUCUUCUGUAUCCUUUCUUCUUUAUUUUCUUCUUCUUCCUCUUCUCCUUCAUCUUCGUCUUAUGUCUCCUUUCUUCUUCUCUUCUUCUUCCUUUCUUCUUCUUCCUCUUCUCCUUCCUCUUCGUCUUAUGUGUCCUUUCUUCAUUUCUUCUUCUUCCUUUCUUGUUCUUUCUCUUUUUCCUCCUCUUCCUCUUCUGUUUCCUUUCUUCUUCCUUUCUUCUUCUUCCUCUUCUCCUUCAUCUUCGUCUUAUGUCUCCUUUCUUCUUCCUUUCUUCUUCUUCCUCUUCUCCUUCAUCUUCGUCUUAUGUCUCCUUUCUUCUUCUCUUCUUCUUCCUUUCUUCUUCUUCCUCUUCUCCUUCCUCUUCGUCUUAUGUGUCCUUUCUUCAUUUCUUCUUCUUCCUUUCUUGUUCUUUCUCUUUUUCCUCCUCUUCCUCUUCUGUUUCCUUUCUUCUUCCUUUCUUCUUCUUCCUCUUCUCCUUCAUCUUCGUCUUAUGUCUCCUUUCUUCUUUUCUUUUUCUUCUUUUUUUCUUCUUUCUCUUUUUCCUCCUCUUCCUCUUCUGUAUCCUUUCUUCUUCCUUUCUUCUUCUUCCUCUUCUCCUUCCUCUUCGUUUUAUGUUUCCUUUCUUCAUUUCUUCUUCUUUCUUUUUUCUUCUUCCUUUUAUUUGUCCUUUCUUCUUCUUUCUCUUCUUCCACCUCUUCCUUUUCUGUAUCCUUCCUUCUUUUAUUCUUCUUCCUUUCUUCUUCUUCCUCUUCUUCUACUUCCUUCUCCUCCUGCCUUCCUUCUUUUUCUUCUUCUUUUCUUCCUUCUCUUCCUCCUCCUCCUCCUUCUUCUUCUUCUUUCUAUCUAUCUAUUAACAGUCUUUGCCUCUUUCGCAUUCUCACCUUCCCCAAUUCUUCCUCUCUUCAUUUUGUAAAUAUUGUUUCUUCUUUUAAGCCCCCCCCUCUCCUGUUCCCCCCUUCUCCUCCUCCACCUCUUCUUCUUUUGAUCAGAUGUUACAACAGAAAUAUUUCAUUCACAACAAAAGGCGGCCAUUACGGUCAGAGCCAAUUCCAACUGAAAACCUUUGUUCACAAACAGACUCGUCGACAUGAAUCCUUCCGUUCAUUCUUUCUUCUCUCUCUUUCUCUCCUAAUUUCAUCACUUUCUCAUCCCUUCUCCCCUUUGACUCUUCUCUUCCCUCUCACUGCCUUUGAAACUCCUCUUUCUUUCCCCUCUCUCUUUAUUUUGUUCACCCUCUCUAUUUCGCCCUCUCUCACUUCCCUCUCUCUUUAUUUUGUUCACCUCUCUAUUUCACCUCUCUUCUCUCUCUCUUUAUUUUGUUCACCUCUCUAUUUCGCCCUCUCUCACUUCCCCCUCUCUUUAUUUUGUUCCCCUCUAUUUGCCCUCUCUACCCUCUCUCUUUUUCGCCCUCUAUUUCCCCUCUCUCCUCCCCUCUCUCUUUAUUUUAUUCACCCUCUCGAUUUCGCCCUCUCUCUCACUUCCCCUCUCUCUUUAUUUUGA